AUGAACAUCCGAGAAGCAGACGAGCUGCCCGUUAUCUCUUCCGAAUCCGACGAGCACUUCACUUCUGAUACAACCGAGCGUCGAGAUAAGGAUAAGCCGGAAGUUUUGGUACCAACCAGCAGCAAAACUGAACAACAACAGCAACGUCGAAAGCCCUCGUAUUCAGAUGGUUCAUCGCUUAUUCCGUACGCAAAGGAUGCACAAAAAGCUGCAAGGAAAAAGUCUGUUGCUGAAACAUCAGCAGCAACAGUAGACGAACUUGCAACCAGUCAUCCGGCCCCCGGUACUAUUGGACGCAAAUCAACAACUGGCCUAAGUUUGCAGCACAGUCGAGCCAUCCAAAAAUCUAUUGAGAAAUCCAUCUUUGGUGCAUCACCUCGUCAGAACUUGGACAGCAGUCAGAACGAACAAGAACAAAAAAGCUUGCUUAAGCGGUCGCUGUUCCGGAAAACAACUGGUGUAUUGAGUGGCUCAUCUACUCCCAGCGCACUGAAUUCUGCCGAAUCCGUGACUGAAGAUAUAGUGGAGGUGGCAGUACCGAAAGGCGCGGCGAGCAGCUACAGCUUCGACAGUUUUGAAGGAUCAUCUGUUUCCGACCUGAGCAGUCUUGCGAGUUCCGAAGUGAGCGCUAUGAGUCUAGUGGAAGAGCCAGAUUCGACAAGAACUCAGGAUAUGACGCGAAAGAGCCAUUUAGUAUACGAAAAUCUGUUGACAGAUUUUGAACGAGUUUUCGGAAAAUUCAUCGAGAAUUCGCGAAAAACCAGGCAAGAUAUAAAAGAAACAAGCAAUGCUGCUGCACAGACGGUGGCUGUAAGAAAAGACAGCGAACUGCCGCCAACUUUCACCCCUCUUUUGCUGAGAGAUAUUGAGGGUUAG